UUCAUUUUCCAGGUCUCUCCUUCGGAAGUUACAACAUGUUGAAUUCCACCGCCUCUCAGCCCCCUGCAGAGUCCUGCUCCCAAAACCCCGUCAUCACACAGCGAAUCAUCCCUGUGCUUUACCUGCUGGCCUUCAUCGCGGGCGUGCUGCUCAACGGCGUGUCAGGCUGGGUCUUCUGCUACGUGCCCAGCUCCAAGAGCUUCAUCGUCUAUCUCAAGAACAUUGUGUUUGCGGACUUCCUGAUGAGCCUCACCUUCCCCUUCAAGAUCCUCAGCGACUCGGGCCUGGGUCCCCGGCAGCUGGGCGUGUUCGUGUGCCGGGUGUCGGCCGUGCUCUUCUACGUCAACAUGUACGCCGGCAUCAUGUUCUUCGGGCUCAUCAGCUUCGACAGAUACUACAAAAUCGUGAAGCCUCUCCUGACGUCUUUCAUCCAGUCGGUGACUUACAGCAAACUCCUGGCAGUGACGGUGUGGCUGCUGAUGCUCCUGCUCGCUGUCCCCAACAUCAUCCUGACCAACCAGAGUGCUAAGGAUGGCGCACAUGUAAAAUGCAUGGAGCUUAAAAACGAACUGGGACUCAAGUGGCACAAGGCAUCGAACUACAUCUUCGUGGGCAUCUUCUGGAUUGUGCUCCUUCUGCUGAUCGUUUUCUACACGGCCAUCACGAGGAAAAUCUUCCAGUCCCACAUGAAGUCCCGAAAGAAUUCCAUUUCCGCCAAGAGGAAAUCCAGCCGCAAUAUAUUCAGCAUCAUGGUAGUGUUUUUUGUCUGCUUUGCACCUUACCACAUUGCCAGAGUCUCCUACACACAGAGCCAAACAGGAGCCCCUUUCAGCUGCCAGUCCAAAGAAAUCUUGUUCUAUGUGAAAGAAUUCACUCUGAUGCUGGCAGCGGCAAAUGUGUGCUUAGACCCUAUUAUUUAUUUCUUUCUAUGCCAGCCAUUUAGAGAAAUCUUGUGUAAGAAAUUGCACAUCCCACUAAAAGCUCAGCAUGACCCAGAAACUUCCAAAACCAGGAGGGGAAAUAUGAUGCAGGAGAGCACAGAUACGCUGUGACUUCCCGCCUUUCAAAUGAGGUCCCUGUGUGCGCGUGUGUAACUUGCAGUCACACAAUGAGAGGAGUAAAUGGGGGAAUGGCCAUGAUAAUAAGCAUCAUCACUGAGCAUUACUCUCCCAUUUAGUAAAAUAAUUAAAAUGCAAGUUUCCAUGCUUUGGUGUGACAUCAAAGAAAAAAAAGAAUAUAUACAUUUUUCAAUCAUAUCAAAAUAGGUUUAAAUUGAACCCUAAUCUGGUCAGUUAAUACAGAAUUUUAAGCAGCAAAUAAGAAAAUAGAUGCAAUCAAGACAAUUCUCAGGGGUGUGUUUCCUCUCUAAGUACAAUAAUUAAGUUAGUAAGUUAUGGGCAGCUUUUCAGCAGGAACAGCAAGACCAACUUAAAGGCAGGCAACAGCUAGAGGCCUGUUGUAGUGAGGGAGUCAAGUUGUCUGAUUUGAAGGAGAAAAAGGAGACACCCACUAUCUAUCUCAUGGCAUAUCAAAGGAAAGUAUAUAUAAAUUAUGUACUUUGCAAUAAAAAACGUAAUUUUUUUCUGUAGAGAUUGGUUAAGCCACUUCAUGAGCCUGGAGUUCCGGUGUUAGAGUAUUUUUAAAAGUGGGCUUGAGCCCUGGCUGGUUUGGCUAGAUAUGGAGAGAGUGUUGGCUUGAGGACUAAAGGGUCCCAGGUUCGAUUCUGGUCAAGGGCACAUGCCCAGUUUACGGGCUCGAUCCCCAGUAGGGGCUAUGCAACUCUCUCAUCAUUGAUGUUUCUAUCUCUCUCUCUCUCCCUCUCCCUUCCUCUCUGAAACCAAUAUCUAUA